UGACCUGGCCGCUGCUCAUGAGAAGCCCUGACGACUCUUUCAACCUCCUGUUUUGGAUGUGGGCGUGCUAACCGCCAGCUAGUCGCGCCCAGCUUGCGCCAAUGGAAGAUGCAAGCGACGGCAAAGGUGCGGCACUCUCGCUGGACAACAAUGAUCAGCUCUCGAGGCGGGUGCGCUCGGGGAGCGCAAGCAGCGGCCACAAGCGCAGCUCGUCCGGCUCAUUACUUUCGCGCCUCUCAUUUCUUCGAAUGAUCCAAGCGACCCAGAACGCCCCAGAACGAAGCCAUUCGGGCAUGGAGCGAGACGACAGCAGCGAUUUCGGCUCCGGCUUGCGAGGUGGAAGGGCAAUGUCGAAUGCGAUUCAACAGCACCGAAGAACGCGCAGAAGAAGGGGCUCCCUACGAAAGACCGCCUUGCUGGGCACCCGGUUCGAAUAUCGAGACAAGAAACUCCCCAGGCCAUCAGUGGACUUGCUGCGUGGAGACGAUAUCAAUUCCGACGGACAACCAUCCCUACCAGGAGGAUCAUCAUCGUCCCCUCUUCCUCCUUCCGAUUCGCAAUUACGCUCCUUCACCGAUCUAACCUCUCCCGAUAAUGAGACCAUUUCCCAGCGAAGCAGUUCAAGUCACCCCGAUCAUGGAGGAAAUACUUCUACGUGGACCCUUAUGGACGCACCCCAGCGAACCCGAAAUACAGCCGCUCCCUCGCAUCGUCAGCAAAAUCAAUCCAAAGAAAGCAUCCUCGGCGAUGAGAUGACCACCGACGACGAAGAUAUCAUACCCUUCCCUCACCCCAAUACAUCAAACAGCGCUAUCGCCGCUGCUGCUGCCGCGGCCGCUGCCGCCGCAACAACCACCACUGGCCUCCACCUCCCAACCGCUUCGUCCAGCUCCGACUCAUACUAUGCCUUACAAGCCGACUCGACGGCCUAUCGACCACUUCACCGCGCCAAAUCGCCCCUGGCAACUCACUCCGCCGAUAUUGUCAGCACCUCGGAGAUGGUAUGGGACUAUUCGGAGACAGAAUGGUGGGGGUGGAUAAUACUGAUUGUGACGUGGCUGGUGUUUGUUGUCGGAAUGGGAAGUUGCUUCGGUGUUUGGAGCUGGGCGUGGGACGUCGGAGAGACGCCAUAUGCUCCUCCAGAGCUGGAGGAUGAUCCUACGUUACCCAUUGUGGGGUAUUAUCCUGCAUUGAUUGUGUUGACGGCCGUUAUGUCGUGGGUUUGGGUCGUUGUUGCUUGGGUGGGGAUGAAGUAUUUCAAGCAUGCUAAUAUAUCCGGGGAGGACAUAUGAUAUCUUCUCUUUCUCCAACGAAUCUUCUUGUUUUGCAUGACCUCGGUGGGGAGGUGCAGGUCGCAUCUCUUCUUUUUUUAACUUUUUUACCCCCUUUGUUUCCAUUUGAUUUCAUUUCUGUGUAUAUAUGGCUUAGCGGGUCGGGAUGGAGUUUGAGUCUCGAUAUCGACAACGUUUCAUACUAGUUCACCGGUUAGGUUAAGAGCAAUCUGACCGUACUAAUAAUAGUA